UGAACUUCAAAGCAAUAGGUAAUCCUGAACAAUCUCCUUCUCUCUAUUUCCUUCUCCAAUCCUCUCCAAACUUCUCGAGUUAUUCUCAAGUCUAUAAAUGAAGCUUCUCUUCAUCGCUAUUGCCAUUUUCACUGCAUCAAUUUCAAUCUACUUCAAUACCCCACUUCGAGAACUACUUAGCAGCUUCACAGAAACACUUCUAGCUACAAACACAACGUCCUCUCAAUCACCUAUGACAACAGCAAACACAAUCAAAAACACAAUGUCUAAAGCUCUUGCACACGCCAAGAUUGUCCCGCGUCGCUCCAGCGAUCGCGGACAUGCGAAUCAUGGCUGGUUGAACACCUACCACACGUUCAGCUUCGCAGAUUACUACGAUCCGCAACACAUGAACUUUGGAAGUCUGCGAGUCUUGAACGAAGACAGAGUAGAUGGCGGAACGGGCUUUCCAACCCAUCCCCACCGAGAUGCAGAGAUCUUCAGCUACAUCCUCAACGGCGAAUUGACGCACCGCGACAGCAUGAUCAAGAAAGGUGCAGAGGGUCAACAAGGAGAUGAUUUCUACAGGAUGAAGCGGGGUGAUGUGCAAUUCACUACUGGUGGAAAAGGCAUCGCACAUUCGGAACAAAAUGAAUCGGACAAGCAAGUCCACUUCCUCCAAAUCUGGGCCACGCCCUGGGCCCGCGGCCUCACACCACGAUACCACACAAAGACCUUCUCGGAAGAUGCCAAGCGCGCAGCUUUCCUGCCGAUCCUCUCACCGUUGAAAGCCGGUCGAGGCGCAUCGGAAGCUGAAGAGAAGGCGGCGGAACCAACACUACCUGAGACGAUUCCCAUACACGCCGAUCUCGUCAUGGCAGCAGGAAUUAUUGGAGUUGACAAGAGGUUCAAGUGGACGGUUGGCGGCAGUGCCGUGAAGAGUGCUACGGGCAGACAUGUAUACAUUCAUGUUCCUAUGACGAAGAAUGGGAGUAUGAAGGUGAGGCUGGAUGGGAGGGAGGAUGCGGUUCUGAAUGAGGGGGAUGGUGCGUUUGUUAGUGGUGUUAAUGCGGGGGAUGUGUUGAGUGUGGAGAGUAUUGGGGAGGCGGAGGCGGAGGUGGUGGUUUUGGAUAGUGAUUAGGUGGUUUAUAGCCCUGAGAUGGUAGAAUGAAAUAGCAUGAUUUUCAAGGCG